UGUUUUCUAUAUAUUUUAUUCUAAGUGCCAAUUAAAAUAGUUUUGGUGGACAGUGUUUCGAGUGAGAGAUUGUUUAUAAUCUGUAUCUUCAUGGAAUAUGGGCAUCUGUUUAGAUACUGAACAAAACAAUGAAGAGGUGGAGACAACAGGCGCGAAUACGCGGCGCGAGAGCACCUGGGCGGGCCGCGCCACUCCCCCCGCUGCCGCAUUCCCCAUGCAGAACUCUAGUCACGUCAAGUUCGAGCCCCCGGCCGUCCCUGUCAUAUUCAUACUGGGCGGGCCAGGCAGCGGAAAGGUGACACACUGCGAUAACCUGAUGCAGGAGAGACGUGGCCUCGUGCACGUCAACAUGACAGAUCUUCUGCAACAGUAUGCCAUCGGGAAUGAUAUGCAAGAUUUCGGCACACUAUCGAGCAAGACUGUGACCGAAGUGUUAAUGUUGGAGAUGAAGAUGGCGCCCACAGCCAAGACUUACCUGGUCUCCGGGUACCCGAGAUCUAUGAGGGACGUCGCUGAAUACUCUGAUAAGAUCCAGACUAUAAGCGGCGUGGUGCUAGUCAGUUGGCGCCAACGGGUACUGGAGCGCCAAAUCGAGUAUGGCGCCCGUCUCGGUCACGUUGUACUCAGUUUGGCGCGGAUGGAGCUCAACAACUUCUACAGAAGCGUCAUGCCGGUGGCUGAAUACUUUGAUCAGAGCGGGAUGCUUAUAGCGGUAAACGGCGAGCGCAACCCCGAAGAAGUCUACAAGGACUUCCGCGCCGCCGUCCUCCAGAUCCUGGGCUCGGUAGAGGACCAGUCGACCAUGAACGGCGUCAGCGGCGUCGGCGUCGGCGCCGGCGGGAUUCCCGGCGAGAUCGUCGGCGUGGAGCCGGCGCAGCAGGCGGGCAUGCGCGAGCGCGUGCGCGCGGAGGUGCUGCCGAUUAUGCCGAACGGGGACGCGAGAGUCGCUAGUCCGAAGGCUGAAGUGAUAAGAGUGAAAGGCGCCUCAACGACACCCGGCAUCUUGUGGGUGGUGGGAGGACCGGGUAGCAACAAAGCAGCGCUGUGUCAGCGAUGUGUGACUCUUCGACCAGGAUGGACGCACUUCAGCCUCGGUCAACGCCUACGGUCCCUCGCUGACGCUGGCGGCGGGCCGGCGUCAGACGGGGCGCUAGCCCGCACCGCCAUCAGCGGGGGCGAGCUGGCUCCGCGGGACCUGGUGACGCAGCUGGUGCGAACAGCUGUGGUGGAGGGUGGGAGAGGGACGGGGCUGCUGCUGGAUGGCUAUCCGAGGGAUUUGGAGCAGAUGGAGCAGUUCCAAAAAGAGUUCCGCGUAUCACCGCGCAUGGUUCUCCUGGACUGCUCAAAGCUGCAACUCGGUCGCGGGCGAAGAGAUGAUUCCGUGGCGGCCUUCCGGCGGCGGCUGGAGGUGUUUAGAGAGCUCAGCCUGCCUAUGCUGAAGACUCUGGACCAGCACCAUCGACUUGUUAUUGUGGACGGCGAUACAGACUCGUCUGACGUACAAGCGGAGUUCAUGAAAGUAGUCCAAGAAGAAAUGGAGAAAGCAGAAGCCAUCGCUACAAUGCCACCGGAGCCGACGGAGAUGCCAACUACGCCCAAAUCAGACAUGUCGUCGUCAAUGCAGCAGUUCACCCACGCCAUGUCUCGCAUGGGCGAGAACCUAGCCAACGGCUUCGCCAACGGCGGCCUGCGGAACGGGACCGUGGGCAACGGGACCAUUCCCAACGGGAACGUGGGCAAUGGGUUCAUUGGCAUGGCCAAUAAUAAGGUAAAACCAGUAAUAAAUAAUGUAGCAAAAAUCCCAACUGUGUCCCAAAUGACCCACGAAGAGGUCAGAAGACUCUACGAACAGAGCUCAGGAGAGGUGAUGACCCUUAACACACACAUGUGAAUUGAUAACAUUAACUUUAAGAACAAUAAAACCUAGGUGUUUGGUUUCGUAAAAUCUAGUCUGAAUCGAGCUAUCUUUACACUGCCGCUCUAAAAAAAACAAGUGAAGAUUAGAAAGCCCUAUCAGUUUCAAAUCCUUGACACGGACGGAUCAAGUCAGAUAAUAACAAUAGGCUACUAGACUCAUAUCUAAUUUGGCACAACAAAUGAUUGUAUUCAGUAAUAUUUGGCAUAAGAAACCAAUAUUUAA